AUGCUCGUUGUGACAGCAGAGGACUCUUACUUCCAUGGCCUUCGUUUUGUUCAGCCUCAGAUGUGGACUGUCACCAUCGUUGGUUCCAAGAAUGUUGUCCUAGAGGACAUUUUUGUCUCAGCCAUCAGCAGGAGCUCGAAACCGGCUCGCAAUACCGACGGCGCCAAUACGAUGUUCUCGGACAAUAUUACCCUUCGGCGUUGGGAGAUCGAAAACGGCGACGAUAGCAUUGCGGCCAAGGCAAACUCAACCAACAUUUUGAUCGAAGAUUGCAUCUUCCGCGAUGGACAAGGAGUUGCCAUCGGGAGCAUUGGGCAGUAUGCGGACCGCUUCGAAAUUGUUGAAAACGUCAUGGCCCGCAACAUCAAACAGUAUGGAUCAAACUACGUCGCCCGGAUCAAGACAUGGACUGGCGAGCAGAACGACUGGCCACCAAAUGGCGGAGGCGGCGGCAUCGGCUACGCGCGUAACAUCACAUGGGAGAAUAUUACCAUCGAGGACGGCGCCAAGUCACCCCUCAUUAUCAACCAGUGCUACUCUAAUGUAGCCAAGGUCAACUGCAGUACGUCCACGUUCGAUAUAUCUGACGUCAAAUAUUCAGGCAUUAGUGGCACAAUAAAAACCAGCAGAUAUGCCGAGUUUCAAUGCAGCAGGUCCCAAGGCGGCUGUGACGGUAUCGUCAUGAAUGAUGUCAAGUUCGUUGAUGUCAGUGGUGACGAAGAAAAAGAGGCAACGGGUAUCAAGUGCAGCAAUGUAAACGAUCCGGAAGGAUUUGAUUGCUAA